CUUCACAAUCCACCACGGAAAGUCGGCAUCCCCCUCAUUAAUGACGAUGUCACCGAAAGUCUGGAGCAUCGAUCUUAUGGAGCAUGUCAGUAUAAAAGAACCAUGGAUUCCAGCACCAAAGACAUCUUCCUAUCAUCAUCACAACAAUAACAGUUACUACAAUAACAAAAACAACAACAAAAACAAUCACAAUCACAAUCUUCUUCCAAAUCUUUCAAUCCAAUCUACAAUAGAAUCACUAUUUCUAUUACUUCAACCAUCAUCAUGAGUGCCCAAGUCAACAACAACCAGUACGACUUCAUCGUCGUCGGAGGUGGCACCGCUGGCAAUGCUAUUGCUGGUCGCCUUUCCGAGAACCCCAGCGUUCGCGUUCUCGUCGUCGAAGCUGGUAUCGCCAACUCCGGCCAGAUCGAGGACAUCACCACCCCUUCCAAGGCCUUCGGACUCCGUGGUAGCCAGUAUGACUGGGCCUACAAGACUACCAUGAUCAAGCGUGAUGACUACGAGCGUGUUGAAAAGCCUAACACUCGUGGUAAGGCUCUUGGUGGUAGUUCUUGUGCCAACUACUUCACCUGGAUCCCCGGAUCUAAGGCCACUUUUGAUGACUGGUACGAGUUCGGCGGCAGUGACUGGACCUGGGACAACUGUGUGGAUUACCUCCGCAAGUGUGCUACCUACCACGAUGACGAGGGGCUCUACCCCACCGAUCUGAACAAGAUCGGUACCGGUGGACCUGUCCAGAUCUCCCACGCCGAGCUUGUUCCUGAGCUCGAGACCUUCCGCAAUGCUCUCACCACUGCCUGGACCUCCAAGGGCGAGCCGCUUUCCGAGGACAUUUACUCCGGUGAAAUGCACGGUCUGACCCACUGUGUGGAUACGAUCUACAAGGGUCAGCGCCAAGGUAGCUGGCUGUACCUCGAGAACAAGCCGAACGUCACUAUCCUGUCUCAGGUCCACUCCAAGCGCCUGAUCAUCGACCGCACCACUCAGACCUGUACUGGUGUGACUGUUGUCGACCCCACCAAUGGUGCUGAGCUUAACCUCUAUGCUACCCGCGAAGUUAUUGUCUCCCAGGGUGUGUUCGAGACCCCCAAGCUCCUGCUUCUGAGUGGUAUCGGUCCUGCUGCUGAGCUGAACAAGCACGGCAUCGAUGUGGUCGUUGACUCUCCCCAUGUUGGUAAGAACCUUCUCGACCACCCUAUUGUGCCCUUCGUCCUGCGCCUCAAGGACGGUGUUGCUCUUGAUGAUCACAUUCACCGUGCUGGACCCGCCAACGAGGCUGCUGUUGCUGCCUACCGCCGCGACAAGACCGGUCCGGCCGCUUCCGGUUUCCUGGAGCUGGUUGGCUUCCCUCGUAUCGAUGAGCGCCUGAACCGCUACCCUGCCUACCGUGAGGCUAAGGCUGCCAACGGUGGCCUUGACCCCUUCGGCCCUGCUGGCCAGCCCCACUUCGAACUCGACUUCGUUGGACUCUUCAGCUCUGCAUUCCAGUGGCAUUACCCUGUGCCCCCCUCUGGUAGCUACAUGACCGUCAUUGUCGAUCUCCUUCGCCCCGUGUCUGAGGGUGGUGAGGUUACCCUGAACAGCACAGAUGCUCUUCAGCAGCCCAACAUCAACCUUAACUUCUUCGCCAGCGACCUCGACGUCCUGGCCAUGCGUGAGGGUGUCAGGUGGACUUACGAUGUCCUCACCAAGGGCGAGGGCUUCAAGGAUCUCGUCCUCGAGGAGUACCCUUGGAACAUGCCCCUCGACUCCGACGAGGCCAUGAACAAGGCUGUCUUGGACCGCAGUCAGACUGGAUUCCACCCUUGUGGUACCGCCCGUCUGGGAAAGAACGUCCAACAGGGUGUCGUUGACAGCAAGUUGCGCGUCCAUGGCAUUAAGAACCUCCGCGUUGCUGAUGCCUCGAUCAUGCCUGUCAUCCCUGACUGCCGUAUCCAGAACUCGGUCUACAUGAUCGGUGAAAAGGGUGCCGAUAUCAUCAAGGCCCAGUACAGGGAAUUGUAUGAGCAGAAGAACAUUCCCUACUUCUCCAGCAAGCUGUGAGCGUCUCUCCGUGAGACGUGGAUGCUGAGAAGCGGUCUUACCGC